AGUCAUUUCUUUGAGGGCUGGUGCUAAUACAUUUCUGUGCCUUGCACAAGGUAGGACAAUCACGUUAAUAUUUGUAAUUAUUAACAUUCUUUGCGAUAUGAAAUUCCCAAAUGCUAGGAAAACAGGCUGGGUCACUGGGCCUUAGGGUUCAGGGUUUCAUUCUACACUGGGCUUCCUGCUGCUCAUUUAUUGCGGGUCUCCGCGCCCCGAAGUCCUUUUCUCUCGGACUGACGCCAGGUGCGCGCUGGCCUGGCCAGAGAAGGCAGCUCAGCACGGAGGAAACCAGAGCGGCUUUGGGGAAUUCACGUGCCCUCUGGGUCUCAAUUUUCUCAGCUGGAAAGGAGAGGGCCUAAUUAGACGAUGCCUAAAGCCCCCUGAUAGCUUUUGAUCCUGACCCUAGGGAGGCUAAAUCAGCAUCCUGAAAGUUGGGCGAAGUCGCAGGAGGCGCGGAGGGCUCCCCGCCCCGGUCUCGGGAGACCAGCCUGACCAGGAUGGGGCGGGCCCUUUAAGGCUGAUACCCGCUCGAGACCUGGACGCGGAGGGGAGGAAAGGGGCCCUGGGGCACCGCCGAGAGCCGGUGUCCCGGAAGUCCUUCCUCCGCUUCCCGGAGGCGUCGCGCUCCGCAGUUUCCAUGGUAACAGUAAACUGAAAACACAAGGGCUUCUGGAGCCACGGGAAGAGCAGUUUUUGCCAUCAAAUGACUUUUUGAGACCAGUUGCCAUCUUACCCCUACAAAAAGACAUUUUUCUGGAUUAUCUGGAAACCCUGAUCGUGUCAUAAUAUUCACAGAUGACAUGAGAAUCUGGCCAAAGUCUGAGAUGCAGUUUCUACAUCUGCGAUAAGAGAUUGCUUCUUCUAUGUUCACUUGGUGUGUAGAAUUCACAUUCAUUGUAGUAAGCCUAAACAAAAGGGAGACCAAUUUUCUAAAUAUGUAUACCUGGUGAAGCAAAAGCCAUUAAGUUGCAAUACAAGAUAAUGUAAUCAUCUGCAGGUUACUUACUAUGGCAUUGAUUGAUGCAACAAAAACAAAUGUAGAUGACCAUUUCCUUCAUGCAGUAUUGGAAGACAGUAGUAAGCCUGCAGAAUUCAAUAGAAGUCUAGGCAUUGGUGAUUUUUCCAGAAUCAGUAACAACAGCAUUGGAAGUAUUGAUUAUAGCAGAGCUCAAGGUUCAAGCAGAAAUUUUAGUUCUCAGUGUGAUUAUUCAGAAGAUUUUAUCUCUGAAUAUUCUGGAACAGCUGGUAACAGCAAUUGUUUAAAGCUGUUUGAGACAAAAGUAAAGAAGGAAGAGAAGAUAAAGAAAAAUGUUUGUAAAGUCUCCCAACAUAAAGGAUUCAAGGAAAUCUCACCUGAAAAACUGCAGAACUGGAACACGGUUUUAACUUCUCAAAUUAAUAUCAUUACCCAAAGAAGGGAUGCUACGGCUCAUCGCAUAAUGUCAGCAAGGCUUCAUAAGAUUAAGGAACUGAAAAAUGAAUUAGCUGAUAUUCAUCAUAAACUAGAAGCAACUGUCUUAGAAAACCAACUGUUGAAACGACUUCAGUUCAGGCACUUGAAAGCAAUAGGAAAAUAUGAAAAUUCACAAAAUAAUUUACCUCAGCUUAUGGCUAAACAUCAAAGUGAAGUAAAAAAUCUAAGGCAACUUCUUAGAAAAUCUCAAGAGAAAGAAAGAAAUGUGUCCAGGAAACUUAGAGACACUGACAGUGAAUUGUUAAAAACCAAAGAUUCCUUGCUAACAUUGCAGAAACUUUCUGAAGACAAAAAUCUUGCAGAGAGAGAAGAACUUACACAAAAAUUAUCUGCCCUUACCACAAAAAUGGAGGCAAAUGACAAAACAAUACAGAGCUUAGAAAGACAGCUGAGAUUGAACAGUAAUGCCUUUAAUCGUCAAUUAGCUGCUGAAAACAGAAAGACUAUAACUGCCAGAACUGCUACAAAGAACCUUCAAAUGGAAGUACAAUGCCUUCAACAAAAACUUAAGGAAAAAGAUCGAGAACUUGAUAUAAAAAAUAUAUAUACUAACCGGUUCCUUAAAAAUUUAUUUGACAAAGAUGAGCAAACAAAAGGAAACCAUGAGAAGACCAUUGAAUCUUUCAAAGUUUCACCACCAACCAAAUCCAUACAAACAGAAAAGAAAAACCAUCUAUUUCCAUGUCUAGUUCCACAUCAAUUGAAGAAAAAUACAAAAGAUAGUAUAUCUCUGCCAACUAAGGAGGUUAAACCCACAGGAAAUGAUGCUAAAAAAGAAAAAUCAAUUUAUUUUAAUCGUGAAGCAAUCCAUGAUAUCAUUAAAUUACCAAAUGAAGAAGAUCCUGAAAAAAUGUAUAAAGAUUUACUAAAGGAAGACAUACACAGGGAGUAAUGGAGAGUAAUGGAAGGCAAAGAGAGAAAAAAGAAGAUCUAGAAAAGAAACCUAAUUUGCUGAAAGAAGAACAAGGGACAACAAAAAUAG